UCGGGGCCGCCUGGCCGGGGCGGCGGCAAAGGCGGGCCGUUCUGGCUGGCAGGCGCUCCCGAAACGCAGUGCGACGCGCUCGCGGGUGCGCUUCGCGAGGCGGGUGAGGGCUGCGUCGGCUGGGCGGCCGCUGCAAGCCUGGCGAUCAUCGCGCUGCUCGUGGGCUACGGCUUCGGGCGGCUGGCGACGCAGCGCGAGCGGAUCCUGCUCUACCCAGUAGCCAGUGAGGCCGCCGAGCGCGGCGGUCGCGGGGCUUGCUGGGUGGUGCUCAGCCCGGACAUGGACAUGUACAUUGAGGAGCUGGAGGGGGGCUCGCCUGACGACAGCCCCGUGGAGUGGUUCGAGGUGCCCCGGGAUCUGCGUUUGCCGGCGGGGCUCGGGCGCGCCGAUCGCUUCGAGGCGUCGCCGAGUGACGCGGACAUGCGCGGCCUGUUCCGCAGGGCGUGCUCGGCGGCGCUGGCGGACGUGGAGUCGCGCGGCACGGUGGCGGAGCCCCCCUCGACCAUCAGGAACUCUCUCGGCCGAGACAUCGCGGUCGAGGAAGCGCCGGGGGCCAACUUCUUCAGCGGUGGCCUGGUCUGGCGGGCGGCGGAGUCGGACGAGCCCAGCCGCAUUGUGGUUGGCGACGGGCUCGGGCCCCAGGCGCAUGAGCUGUGCGGCGAGGGCCUGCGCCGCGCUGGGCCAGGCCGCGCGGCGGCGGUGCGCCAGACGGGGUUGGGCCAGGAGGCGUUCGCGGCGAGCUUGCGCGGCGGUGACGUUGCGAGCUUCUCGGCCGGCGCCUCCGGGGCCAGCGGAGACGCCAGGGCGCUCGCGGCGAAGAGCGGGGCGCGCGGCCGCGGCCGCGAGUGGCGCGAGGCGGUGGGCGCCUGCGAGGGGGAGCCAUUCGGGGAUUUUCCAGUGGCGGGGCCUCGGUCGGCGCGGUGGUUUCUCGAUUUGUCACGGCGCCGCCGCGCGCCGACGGACCGCCGCCCCAUGUUCAAGACGACGGCGCGGCCCCAGUCAGGGCAGCGGGGUGCCCAGGAGCACGAGCAGCUCAUGAAGUGGAUCGAGCUGGCCCGCACCUACGACCAGCUCGACUCGAGCAACUUCGCGCUCGCUGAGGCCAUCUUCCGCCGAGCCCGGACGAUCGAGCGGUGCUGCCGCGACCGGCUGGGCGAGGCAGUCUCGGCGAGCUCGAAGGGCAAGAUGGGCCCGGAUGAGUUCUCGGUUUUCAGCGGCUUCAGCACGGCAGGGGACUUGCUGACGGCGGCGCCAGCUCUCCUCGAGCUCGCGAAGGGCCAGGUCGAAAAGGACGCAGCCACCAUGAAGAACAUCAGGAAGGUGCGGGAGGGGCGCGAGCUCCGCCGCAAGGGCCCCAAGGGGGGCGGCGGCG